CCACUAGGCCCCGGUCAGCUCCCCUGGGCAGAGCGUGCCGGCUCGCUACCUCGCCUGGGUUGUUGCUCCUCUUUUGAAAAAAAACCCUGGAGCCGAAGCGCCCCACGGCGGCGGGUCCGGGCCUCUCGCCGGGUGAGGGGAAAAAGAAAAAGCUCGCGGUGGCGGCACCCCGGUCGCGGUCUUCGGUCUUUGAGAAUAGUGGCCAUUCACACGUAUUUGAAUUAUGACAUCAAGAGGUUCUGGCACAACAUUUUCUCGCAAGAAUUACAGGUUAAGCACAGAGCCUGAGAAGUCCAAGAUUGCAGGGAUAGUGAACAGCAAGCUACUGAAUGAUUAUCUGCAUCGCAUCUUCCCUAGUGCUGAUGGAACUCAGCCUACUGCUGCCUAUAGAAAACACCUGUCAUUUCAAAAUUUGCAAGAGCACAUAGAACAAUUGCUAGCUGAAAAUGGUGGGUCAGAAGAUGGUCAAGAUCAGGUAGUAGAGGGCAGACUUGGUCCUUCUACUGUGGUGCUGGACCACACCAGUGGGUUUGAAGGACUUCUGUUGGUGGAUGAUGACCUACUUGGGGUAAUUGGCCAUAGUAACUUUGGGUCUAUCAGGGCUACCACCUGUGUAUAUAAAGGAAAAUGGAUUUAUGAGGUGCUGAUUUCAUCCCAAGGCCUCAUGCAGAUUGGCUGGUGCACCCUCAAUUGUCGGUUCAAUCAGGAGGAGGGAGUUGGAGACACUCCAGAUUCAUAUGCUUAUGAUGGAAAUCGAGUGCGCAAAUGGAAUGUGACCACAACCAACUAUGGUAAAUCUUGGGCAGCAGGAGAUAUUGUUAGCUGCUUGAUAGACCUGGAUGAAGGAAUCAUUUCUUUCUGCCUGAAUGGUGUAUCUCUAGGAACAGCUUUUGAUAAUAUCUCACGAGGCUCUGGCAUGGCCUACUUCCCUGCUAUCAGCCUAUCAUUCAAGGAAUCUGUGGCCUUUAACUUUGGAAGCCGCCCACUUCGAUAUCCAGUGGAGGGGUAUCAACCCUUACAAGACAAACCAGCUGCGGAUUUGGUGAAGGCUCACAAGCUGUUGGAAUACCUGAAAAAUGUUAUCAAUAUUGGAAUAGAUGUUUCAGAAGGAAAGUUGGUAGAGAGAGACUCUUCCACUUGGCAGCUUCAAGGGGAACCAACAGUGCUCAUUACCCUGGCACACAUUUUUAACAACUUUGCCCCUCUUAUGUGCAAAGUAUACUUGGUCGAAGAUGUACUUAUGAACUUCCUACUCAGUAUCUUGGAAGGGGGCGGGGCUGUGGAAGCACAUCCACUUAUUCAACAGCUAUUGGAUCUCAUGUGGCUUCUCAUGGAGGAUUAUGAAGUGCAUGAAUGCCUCAAGCAGCUGCUGAUGUCCCUGCUCAGGGCUUAUCGUUUCUCUCCCAUUGUUCCUGAUCUAGGUUUACAGAUUCACUACCUCCGUCUCACAAUUGCUAUCCUGAAGCAUGAGAAAUCCAGGAAAUACCUGCUCCAAAAUGUCCUAUUUGAUGUACUCCGUUCAGUUGUAUUUUUUUAUAUCAAGAGCCCAUUGCGUGUGGAGGAGGCUGGUUUACAGGAGCUGAUUCCAACUACCUGGUGGCCAAACCGCUUCAACAAAGAGGGAAAAGAGUCAAAAGAAGUGAAAGAAGAGAGUGCUGAGGAAAGACUGAGGAGACGAGCAUAUGAAAGGGGCUGCCAGCGGCUCAAGAAACGCAUUGAAGUGGUGGAGGAACUCCAGGUGCAGAUACUGAAGUUGUUGUUGAACAAUAAAGACCAUGGAGGGGUAAGGAUGAUUUUUCUAAAUAAGUUUCGCAAGUUUCUUCAGGAAAAUGCCAGUAACAGAGGGAAUCUGACUGUGCUGUGCCCUCCAGAGUAUAUGGUAUGCUUCUUGCAUCGACUCAUCUCAGCCUUGAGGCAUUACUGGGAUGAGUACAAGAUGAAGAAUCCUUCGGCACUGAGCAGUGAAGAUGCAUAUGUUCCCCCUCAGCUCUUCUAUAAUGGGAAGGUGGAUUACUUUGACCUCCAACGACUUGGGGGAUUGUUAUCUCAUCUUAAGAAGACUCUCAAAGAUGACCUGGCUUCCAAGGCUAAUAUUCUGAUAGAUCCUUCAGAACUUCAAGCUGUGACAAUGGAUGACCUCGAUGAAGAUGAAGAGUCAGCAGUAUCCACUGCACAACGUCCAGCUGCUGCAUUGGCAAUAGGAGGUGCCUUGGCCAGGCCAAGUUGGCUCAGUUCACCUACCCUGGGACGAGCUAAUCGUUUCCUUAGCACUGCAGCUGUUAGCCUUAUGACUCCAAGGCGAUCACCAGGUGCCCUGGAAAAAGUUAAAGUCCGUACAUUGAAUGUGGAGCAACGGACAGAAGAGGACAUUGAGGGCAGCCAUGGGAAUGAGGGCCUCUUGUUGGGGAGACCAGCUGAAGAGCCAGAACAGCCGAUCACAGAGAACUCUCUUUUGGAAAUCUUGGAUGGAAUAGUCAUGAUGUACAACCUCAGCGUGCAUCAGCAGCUUGGUAAGAUGGUAGGUGUUUCUGAUGAUGUGAACGAGUAUGCUAUGGCACUGAAAGACACUGAAGAGAAGAUUAGCCGAUGCCCAAAGAGGAGAAGAGAUAUUUAUGAAGAACUAGUGAAGAGUCAGAAGGUUUUCUCUGAGAAGCUCAAUCACCUGAGUCGUCGACUUGCUUGGAUCAAUGUUACGAUUUACUCAAAGGAGAAGAUGCAGGACAUAUAUUGGUUGCUACGAGUAUGCAUCCGCACUAUUGAACAUGGAGACAGGAUUGGCUCACUUUUUGCAUUUAUGCCUGAAUUUUAUCUAAGUGUGGCUAUGAAUAGUUACAGUGCUCUCAAGAAUUACUUCAGUCCUGUCAACAGCAUGGAAGAACUUCCAGGCUAUGAAGAGACUUUGACUCACCUUGCUGCCAUUUUAGCUAAGCAUUUUGCAGAUCCAAGAAUUGUGGGCACUGACAUCAGAGACUCUCUAAUGCAGGCGUUGGCUAGCUAUGUUUGCUACUCCCACUCACUCCGUGCUGUAGAGAGGAUUCCAGAAGAACAGCGGAUUUCCAUGAUGAGGAACCUGCUGGCCCCCUAUGAACAAAGGCCCUGGGCCCAGACCAACUGGAUCCUUGUACGACUGUGGCGAGGCUGUGGAUUUGGAUACAGAUAUACACGGCUUCCUCAUCUGCUGAAAACCAAGCCAGAGGAUGCCAACCUUCCCAGCUUGCAGAAGCCUUGUCCGUCCACCCUCCUGCAGCAACAUAUGGCGGACUUGCUGCGCAGUGACCAUGAAAUGGCACCCAGUUUCCUCAAUAGUGUCCUUAACCAGCUGAACUGGGCCUUCUCAGAGUUCAUUGGCAUGAUUCAGGAGAUCCAACAAGCUGCUGAGCGCUUGGAAAGAAACUUUGUAGAUAGUCGUCAACUGAAGGUGUGUGCAACCUGCUUUGAUCUGUCAGUGAGCCUACUCAGGGUCUUGGAAAUGACAGUCACUCUGGCUCCUGAGAUCUUCUUGGACUGGAGUCGCCCCUCAUCAGAGCUGUUACUCAGAAGACUUGCACAGCUGUUAAAUCAGGUGCUAAAUCGUGUGACAGCUGAACGGAACCUGUUUGACCGAGUAGUCAAUCUUCGCCUGCCAGGACUGGAGAGCGUAGACCACUAUCCAAUCCUUGUGGCUGUGACAGGAAUUCUGGUCCAGCUCCUUGUUGAUACUGAUUUCCAAGGGGCUGAGCGGGCAACAGCUGUGCUGCUGGCAGAUCCCUGUUUCCAGCUCCGUUCUAUUCAGUACUUGCUGGGCCACACAGAGCCUUUGGCAGUGGGAGCAGCAUCAACUUCCUCUGAUAAGAAACAUUUCUCCUUGCAGAGCUAUACUGAUUAUAUCAGCCAGGAAGAAGUAGCUAAGGUAGAGCAGAUGUUGGGCCACCUCAGUGAAGAGUCCAAGCAGGCUGCAGCCUCCACUUUGCCUACCAGUGAGGAGGACCUGUGCCCUAUCUGCUACGCCCAUCCAAUCUCUGCUGUAUUCAAGCCAUGCUCACACAAGUCCUGCAAAGCCUGCAUCAACCAGCACCUGAUGAAUAACAAGGACUGCUUCUUCUGCAAAGCCACCAUCACGGGUGUGGAGGAUUACAUUAAGCCAGCCACCUCCUAGUGCCUGGACCCUGCAGGGCAGGGCCGCAUGCCUGGGCAGCUUCUCCACAUGGUGGGCUCUCCCUGCUCCGGGAGCACCUCUGUCCAUGGCAGCUGCUGUUCAGCACAGCUGAGCUCAGUUUUCUUAACACCUCUUGCAGGCCAAGCACUGCUGUAUGCAUCACCUAAGGCACACCCCUCAGUCUCCCUGAAUUUAAGUACACUUCCUGUGGCUAUCGUUGACUCCAAACAAACAGGCAUUGGGCUUUUCCAGUUGGUUAUGUACAAGGGGCUUUGGUUCUUUUCCUCAGCCUGAAUCUGCAGCUCCUUUCUAGCAUCUGCCCCAGGAUGCUUGGCUUGUUCUGUAGCUGGGAAACAUUCUUUUUGGUGUGAUGCUUUCAUUGAUGGGGUAACAGCUGAUCGCACAGCCAGCAUUUUCUCCUGUGAGUCCAGCUGCUUACCAGCCGUGUGUGUUCUUGUUGCUGCUAUUGCAGCACUUUGCUAUUUGACCAUGCAUGUGUGGCUCAGACUUGGUUCAAAUAGUUCUGUGGGCAUAAUUGGCAGUAGCCCAUCUACCUGAUUUAGUAGCUGUGAAGAAAGAUUGUAAAGUAUUUCUCAUGUGCAAUUCAAGGGUCAUACAGUUCAGUAAAGGACCAUGCCUGCCUGCCUGCAAAUUUGAAUCUGCUCUUAUUGUUUCCUUUCCUUUGAAGAUCAGGAAAGGUAGAGAAGCAUAGUAAAAUCACUAUAUCAGGU